AUGUCAGAUAUUCAUGGUAACAUAGAAGAAUUGCGUGUGAAAGUACGAGCGCUUACUGAUGAGCUGAAGAAUUAUGUUGACGAGUCGAGAAGUUUGGAACACAGUCAUGUUGCACAAGGACGGCAGAGAAUUGGGAAAAUGAGUGAUGAAGUUGUUGACUCAAAUCCAUACAGCAGGCUGAUGGCGUUGAAACGAAUGGGUAUUGUCAAGGACUAUGAGAAGAUUAGAGAAAAGACGAUAGCAAUCGUUGGGAUUGGAGGAGUUGGAAGCGUCGUUGCGGAAAUGCUAACGAGAUGUGCCAUCGGAAAACUUAUUCUCUUUGAUUACGAUAAGGUUGAACUAGCAAAUAUGAACAGAUUAUUCUACCAGCCUCAUCAGUCGGGUCUGAGUAAAGUUGAAGCAGCCAGAGACACUCUGAUGCAUAUUAACCCUGAUGUCAUGUUUGAGACGCAUAACUACAACAUUACAACAGUGGAGAAUUUCAAUCGUUUUAUCGAUAAAAUAUGUCAUGGAUCACUUAGUGGUGGGAAAGUUGAUCUCGUUCUCAGUUGCGUGGAUAAUUUUGAAGCCAGGAUGACCAUCAACACAGCGUGUAAUGAAAAGAACCUAGUCUGGAUGGAGUCUGGAGUGAGCGAGAACGCCGUAUCAGGACAUAUCCAAUACAUUGAACCUGGCCGAACCGCCUGUUUUGCAUGCGUUCCACCUUUAGUGGUAGCGUCGAACAUUGAUGAGAAGACAUUAAAGAAAGAAGGUGUAUGUGCUGCAUCAUUGCCGACAACAAUGGCUGUUGUGGCUGGAUUUCUCGUUCAGAAUGCACUCAAAUAUCUGCUAAAUUUCGGUGAAGUUUCAACGUACGUGGGCUACAAUGCUCUCCUUGACUUUUUCCCACGUCAGGACAUGAGACCAAAUGAUCAAUGUGGUGACCGAUUCUGUAGGCAGCGGCAGAAGGAGUACCAGGAGAAAUUAGCUUCUCAACCAGCUGCCGAGAUUGUUACGACUGAAGAACAGGGGAUUACCCACGAGGACAACGACUGGGGUAUCGGUAAGAUAUGUUUCGCUGAUGUAGACGAACUUGUCGAUGAGUCAAAGCUCGAGGAAGGGAACACAAAAGCCGGGAACGGUCUCGAGUAUGCCUAUGAAUUACCGGAAGAAAACGAAACUGCAGUUGAGGUUUGUUGGUUACUGAUUUUGAACUAA